AUGAAGCUCGUACUAAAGAAAUUGCCAGACCAAGUAGCGAUCGAGGUCGAGGUGGCCGAGGAUGCGACGUGCGAGGACCUCAAACGCCAGAUCCAAACCGAUCACCAAUUCGACGUGUCCUGGCAGAAGGUCAUUUUCGCCGGACGCAUCGUGUCCGAUGAGGCUCGCCUUGCCGAACAGGGCAUCAAGGAUGGAGCGUCGCUCGUCCUCGUGACAGCGCAGCGGCUGCUGCCCCUGCCGCAUCCACGCCUGCUGCCGCCCCUGCCCCUCAAUCAGCUGCUCCUGUCGCCACACCUGCCGAAACACAACCUGCUGCCGCGGCCACCCCUGCUGCAGAUGCUGCUCCGGUUGCUGGGCAUGGGCUUCGAGCAGGAGCAGAUCGUGCGGGCACUGCGCCUCGCCAGAAACGACCUCCAGAACGCUUGCGACCUUCUCCUCUCCGGCGCUCAGCGGACCGACCCGCAGCAGGAGGCCAGCAACCUGAUGAGCGAUCUCAUCCAGCGCAUGGGCCAGCAGAACUCUGAUCCGCAGGCACAGUUCGAGUGGGUCGUGCAGCAGCCUCAAUUCCAGCGCAUUCGAUCGCUGCUCCAGACGAGGCCAGACCUCUUCGCCGCGCUGCUCACCCAGCUGGGCGGCUCCAACCCGCAGCUCCACGAGCUCAUCUCACAGAACCAGGCCGAGUUUCUCGAGUGGCUCAAUGACGAGGAGGGCGGCGAUGGCGACGGCAGCGACAUCGCCGUCGUGCAGACCGGCGGCGGUGGAGGCGGUGGCGCCGCCGCCCAGCUGAGCCAGAGGGACGAGUCGUCGAUCACGCGAUUGAUGGAGCUGGGCUUCGGCAGGGACGUGGUGAGGCAGGCCUACCUCGCCUGUGGCAAGAACGAGGAGAUGGCGGCCAACUACCUCUUUGAGAACAGCUGA